AUAAACUUACUAGCGAUUGGGAGUGCAUGGAUAUUAUUUAGUAAAUAUUAACGUAACUGUUUACAUUUCACAAGGUGUUUGUUAACUGGCAAACACAGAUUGUAACGUUAGCUAACUGUAGUACUAGCAAAGUAGCUAACUAGCUAGCUAACAAGCGAUAGCUAGUUUGUGAUGUUUGCUUUGCUUCGGUUUGCUAGCCAGUCAGAAAAUGAACGAGUUUGUGACUGUUUGCAUUUCAAAUGCAUGCAUUUAUGUGUUCGCUGUACGCUAGUUAUUGACUAUCAGCAUGAUGUUGUAGCUAAUUAGCUAGCUGGUUGGGUAUGAUGAUGAUAUCACAGCUUGAACAAUGAUCCAGAUGUUUCACCGGAUGUAUAAAUCUUAAGCAUCCGGUUGGCGUUUCCACAUGGUGAUGAAAGGAAGCCCAGUGGCCGGCAGUGGGAGGAGAUGGAGUGAGAUGGACUUUGGCUGACAUUCAGAUAAUUUUCUCAUCAUUUAAACAUUAUAUAUCAUUACAGUUUUCUGUUCCCAAAACUAAAAUAUGUUACGAACAGAGUUGACAAAGUUUUGUAGACAAGUGUGUUGUUUAGGAGUGCAAGGGCCAAUUGAGUUAUUGCGCACUUCACAGGGUAGGCGUUCCAUAACGGAAAUAUGCAACUCGUUCUAGAAUGCGCCCAUAAGAUCUCACUGGCUAGUGCUUGGGUUUGCCCACCCCUUGCUUUUUCUACCUACUAUGAUUAAUUUGCUCUCAUUGGAAACGACAGGCUUUGGUCUUUCUUGGGGAACAUAACCCCUGAGGGAAAGGAUAUGAUCCACCUGGCCAAGAAUGUAGAGAAAUAUGCAGGGCCUUCCCAGGUCUCGACUCCAGUUGUGGUCGUGACCCACUCUCAAACAUCAGUCGGUGUCCCCAAGAAGCGCAUCUACGUAGUACCCAUGCCCCGGCGGGCUCCUAAAGAGCCACAAAUCCAGAUUCAGAGUCCCACUGCAGAUGCAACCCAAACCCGGACUCCAGUCCCAUCCACAAAACACAUCUAUAUUGUAUCCCAACCUUUCUCCGCUGGGGGCUCGACGCAAACCCAGGUACCAGGCACUAGGAAACACAUCUACGUACUAGCUCAGCCCCAGAAUGCUGCUAGGGUCAGGAUCCAGCCCCAAACUACAGCCAGGAUCACGACUCAACCCCAAACUACAGCUGGGAAAAUAGACCCACUUAAAGAGCCAGGACAGUCCCAGAUCAAGACUCCAACUGGGGUCACAGUUCAAUCCCAGAAUGUAGCCAGUGUCAAAGCCCAAACCCAGCCUGCAGUAGGGAGAACAGACCCUCCUAAUGCUCCAAAGCAGACUAGGAAGAUGGUUCACUUCCAACACCAGCCUCCGACAGCCAGGGAUGCAGCCCCAACCAAGGCUGAUGCCCAGACUCAGACCCCUACCGUCGUGGCAGAGGUGGUCUCUAUGCUGCAACACGGAGAUGUGAGACCUGCACCGCAGCCAUACCUGGUCCACAAAGAAGAGGUGUUGAGGAGGAUGGAUGCGCCAGAGAAGAUGUCAGUGAGGACAUUGCUGAUGUACACUGGGAAGAACCCGGCAAACCUAGACAGCAAGAACAGAUUGGUGAAAAACCUGAUUAAGGCUGGAAUCCCCCCUGUCGAGACCCCUGCCUAUAUCACCAGUGCCUUCACCAGGCUCACCGAGGGCGACACCACAAUGCUGUGUAGUGACAUGAAGUCCCUAGCUAUCAAACACCUCAACUUCACCAACAUGGCCGAGCAGCUCAUAGAAGAGACCAACCCUGUGCAGCACUGGUCCAAGAUCAUCGAUACCAAAGCCCAACUAGAGGAGAUGAGACUGUGUUUCAGGGACCCAGCUAACAGUCGUCUGAUGGACAACGUGACCCACGGUAUGAGCACGGGCGUGAUGGACGCCGCUUUCAACAUCAUCUCUACCCUCAUUGACUACCAGGUGCAGCUAAUCGCCUGUCUAGUAAACACCAUGCCUUCACACCAAACUCCCUCUGGGACGGCUGUCAAAACUAGGCCUUACCCGGCCCUUCGGUCUUCCGUGUCCCUCGUCAACCCCCCUGUUAUCACCAUUCCGAAUUCCCAGGGCCCAUUCAGCUCCCUACUCUCCUUGAAACGGCUCAAUGUGAUAGCCCAGCCCCACCACAACGGGACUCAAACCCAGCCCCUGCUGUGCUGCCAAGAGACCCAGAGCGAGACCCAGACAGACACCCAGCUCCCUAAGAAACCACUGAAACAGCAGAAGGGUCGAGGCGUCCAGCGUGACCCCAGGGGAUCUUACAGGAAGAGAGCCGCUUCAGGGGCCUCAGACAGGAAACAGGAAGCGGCUCAGGAGAAGGGGGGGGGUAAGAAGUUUAAGCUAAACCCUUCCCCACACGUUGCCAUGGAUACCGAGGAAGAGGGGAAUGCAUAGACGACCACAAAGAGAACUCCUGGCAACACAGAAGGAAACUGCAGCUGGACGUACACAAACUAAUUGAAAGUUACAGAAUGUGCAGCUGCAAGCUCCAGCAGAAAGGAAACCCCAACAUUUGCGCCAACAGAAACAUAGCCUCAUUCCAGAAACAAUUUCUGGCUCCUACACUUGUGUAGGCCUAGAUAUAAGGGGAUUGGAUAGGUGAAAGCAAUUGGAUAGGUAUAGGAAGUCAAAUUUUAUUUGUCACAUGCGCAGAAUACAACAGGUGUAGACCUUACCUUGAAAUGCUUACUUACAUGCCCUUAACCAAUAAUGCAGUUCAAGAAAGAGUUAAGAAAAUGUUUACAAAAUUAACAAAAAAAAUAAAAAUGUAACACAAUAACAAUGCUAUAUACAGGGGGUACCAGCACUGGGUCAAUGUGCGGGGGUACGGAGGGGUGGGGGUCAAUAUAAAUAGUCCGGUUGGCCAUUUGGUUAAUUGUUCAGCAGUCUUAGCAGAGAGAACAGUCUAUGACUUGGGAGACUGGAAUCUUUGACAAUUUUUUGGGCCUUACUCUGACACCGCCUAGUAUUUAGGUCCUGGAUGGCAGGAAGCUUGGCCCCAGUGAUGUACUGGGCCGUACGUACUACCCUCUGUAGCUCCUUACGGUUGGAUGCCAAGCCGUUGCCAUGCCAGGCGGUGAUGGUGCAGCUCUAGAACUUUUUGAGGUUAAUGGGACCCAUACCAAAUAUUUUCAGUCUCCUGGGGGGGGAAAGGUGUUGUCGUGCCCUCUUCACGGCUGUCUUGGUGUGGUUGGACCAUGAUAGUUUGCCGGUGAUGUAGACACCAAGGGACUUCAAACUCUCUACCCGCUCCACUACGGCCCUGUCGAUGUGAAUGGGGGUGUGUUCAGCCAUUCUUUUCCUGUAGUCCACGAUCAGCUCCUUUUGUCUUGAUCACGUUGAAGUAGAGGUUGUUAUCCUGGCACCACACUGCCAGGUCUCUGAUCUCCCUAUAGGCUGCCUCAUCAUUGUCGGUGAUCACUGUUGUGUCGUCAGCAAACUUAAUGAUGGUGUUGGAGUCGUGCUUGGUCACGCAGUCGUGGGUGAACAGGGAGUACAGGAGGGACACGCACCCCGUGUUGAGGAUCAGCGUGGUAGAUGUGUUGUUGCCUACCCUUACCACCUGGGGAGGGCCCGUCAGGAAGUCCAGGAUCCAGUUGCAGAGGGAGGUGUUUAGUCCCAGGGUCCUCAGCUUAGUGAUGAGCUUUGUGGGCACUAUGGUGUUGAACGCUGAGCUGUAGUCAAUGAACAGCAUUCUCACAGGAGUUCCUUUUGUUCAGGUGAGAAAGGGCAGUGUGGAGUGCGAUUGCAUCAUCUGUGGAUCUGUUGGGGCGGUAUGCGAAUUGGAGUGGAUCUAGGGUUUCCAGGAUGAUGGUGUUGUGAGCCAUGACCAGCCUUUCAAAGCACUUCAUGGCUACCGACGUGAGUUCUACAGGGCAGUAGUCAUUUAGGCAGGUUACCUUCGCUUUCUUGGACACAGGGACUUUGCUUGUCUGCUUGAAACAUCUAGGUAUUACAGACUUGGUCAGGGAGAGGUUGAAAUUGUCAGUGAAAACACUUGCCAGUUGGUCCGCGCAUGCUCUGAGUACACGUCCUGGUAAUCUGUGAAUGUUGUCCUGUCUUAAAGAUCUUGCUCACAUUGGCUACGGAGAGUGUGAUCACACAGUUGUCUGGAACAGCUGGUGCUCUCAUGCAUGCUUCAGUGUUGCUUGCCUCGAAGCGAGCAUGUUGUGUACCGCAGGGCAGCUCUCUAGGCCCUCUACUCUAUUCUAUUUUACCAAUGACCUGCCACUAGCAUUAAACAAAGCAUGUGUGUCCAUGUAUGCUGAUGAUUCAACUGUAUGCGCAUCAGCAACCACAGCUAAUGAAGUCACUGAAACCCUUAACAAAGAGUUGCAGUAUGUUUUGGAAUGGGUGGCCAUUAAUAAACUGUUCCUGAACAUCUCUAAAACUAAGAGCAUUGAAUUUGGUACAAAUAAUUCCUUAAGUGCUAGACCUCAGCUGAAUCUGGUAAUGAAUGGUGUGGCUGUUGAACAUGUUUAGGAGACUAAAUUACUUGGUGUUACCUUAGAUUGUAAACUGUCAUGGUCAAAACAUAUAGAUUCAAUGGUUGUAAAGAUGAGAGGUCUAGCCGUAAUAAAGAUGCUCUGCUUUUUUGACACCACAUUCCAAAAAGUAAGUUCUGCAGGCUCUAGUUUUGUCUAAUCUUGAUUAUUGACCAGUCAUGUGGUCCAGUGCUGCAAGCAAAGACCUAGUUAAGCUGCAGCUGGCCCAGAACAGAGCAGCAUGUUUUGCUCUUAAUUGUAUUCAGAGGGCUGAUAUAAAUACUAUGCAUGCCAGUGUCUCUUGGUUAAGAGUUGAGGAGAGACUGACUGCAUCACUUCUUAUUUUUAUAAGAAUCAUUAAUGUGUUGAAAAUCCCAAAUUGUUUGCAUUAUCAACUUACACACAGCUCUGACACACACACUUAUCCCACCAGACAUGCCACCAGAGGUCUUUUCACAGUCCCCAAAUCCAGAACAAAUUCAAGAAAACAUACAAUAUUAUAUAGGGCCCUUAUUGCAUGGAACUUCCAUCUCAUAUUGCUCAAAUAAACAGCAAACCUGGUUUCAACAAACAGAUAAAACAACACCUUGCGGCACAUCGCCUCGCCCCUAUUUGACCUAGAUAGUUUGUGUGUAUGUUUUGAUAUGUAGGCUACUUGUGUCUUUAAACAAAAAUAUGUAUAGUUCUGUCCUUGAGCUGCUGUUUUCUAUUGAUGUUCUGUAUUAUGCCAUUCUGUUUUAUGUUUUUAAUAAAAUACCAAAUAAAAGACAUUUAGCUCGUCUGGUAGGCUCGCGUCACUGGGCAGUUCGUGGCUGGGUUUCCCUUUGUAGUCCGUAAUAGUUUAGAAGCCCUGCUACAUCCGAUGAGUGUCAGAGCCGGUGUAGUAUGAUUAAUUCUUAGUCCUGUAUUGAUGCUUUGCCUGUUUAAUAGUUUGUCUGACAGCAUAGCAGGAUUUCUUAUCACCGUCUAGAUAAGUGUCCCGCUCCUUAAAAGCAGUAGCUCUAGCCUUUAGCUCGGUGCGGAUGUUGCUUGUAAUCCAUGGCUUCUGGUUGGGAUCUGUACGAAUGGUCACUGUGAGGACGAUGUCGUCGAUGCACUUAUUGAUGAAGCCAGUCACUGAGGUGGUAUACUCCUCAAUGCCAUUGGAUGAAUCCCUGAACAUAUUCCAGUCUGUGCUAGCAAAACAGUCCUGUAAGCAUAGCGUCCGCGUCAUCAGACCACUUCCGUAUUGAUCGAGUCACUGGUUCUUCCUGCUUUAGUUUUUGCUUGUAAGCAGGAAUCAGGAGGAUAGAAUUAUGGUGAGAUUUGCCAAAUGGAGGGCGAGGGAGAACUUUGUAUUAGGUGAGGUAAAAUGAGUUUAAACGGUUUUAAAUUUGCCUGCAUUAAAGUCUCUGGCCACUAGGAACUCAUCUUCUGGAUGAGCAUUUUCUUGUUUGCUUAGACCUUAUACAGCUCGUUGAGUGCAGUCUUAGUGCCAGCAUCAGUUUGUGGUGGUAAAUAGACUGCUACGAAAAAUAUAGAUAAACUCUCUUGGUAAAUAGUAUGGUCUACAGCUUAUCAUGAGGUACUCUACCUCAGGCGAGCAAUACCUCAGACUUCCUUAAUAUUAGACAUCGCACACCAGCUGUUAUUGACAACUAGACACACACCCCCACCCCUCGUCUUACCAGACGUAGCUGAUCUGUCCUGCCGAUGCACGGAAAAGCCAGACAACUAUAUUAUCUGCGUCGUCGUUCCACAACGACUCAGUGAAACAUAAGAUAUUUUGUUUUUAACUUUUUAUGGCUGCAAUCCCGUUAACGGGAUCGAUAUGACAACAGCCAGUGAAAGUGCAGGGCGCCAAAUUCAAACAACAGAAAUCUCAUAAUUAAAAUUCCUCAAACAUGUAUCUUAUACCAUUUUAAAGGUAAUCUUGUUGUUAAUCCCACCAAAGUAUCCGAUUACAAAUAGGCUUUUCAGCGAAAGCACCACAAGCGAUUGUUAGGUCACCGCAAAAUCACAGACAAACAGUCAUUUUUCCAGCCAAAGACAGGAGUCACAAAAAGCAGAAAUAGAGAUAAAAUGAAUCACUAACCUUUGAUGAUCUUCAUCAGAUGACACUCAUAGGACUUCAUGUUACACAAUACAUAUGUUUUGUUUGAUAAAGUUCAUAUUUAUAUACAAAAACCUCAGUUUACAUUGGGGCCAUGUUCAGAAAUGCCUCCAAAAUAUCCGGAGAAAUUGCAGAGAGCCACGUCAAAUAACAUAAAUACUCAUCAUAAACUUUGAUGAAAGAUACAUGUUUUACAUAGAAUUAAAGAUACACUUGUUCUUAAUGCAACCGCUGUGUCAGAUUUCAAAAAGCUUUACGGCAAAACACAAUAUUCAAUCAUCUGAAAACAGCGUUCAGCCACAAAAGCAAGCCCAUACAAUUAGCCGCCAAAUUGUGCAGUCAACAAAACCCAUAAAAAGCAUUAUAAAUCUUCACUUACCUUUGCUGAUCUUCGUCGGAAUACACUCCCAGGACUCCCACUUCCACAAGAAAUGUUUGUUUUGUUCGGUAAUGUCCAUUUAUGUCCAAAUAGCUAUUUUUGUUAGCGUGUUUGGUAAACAAAUCCAACGUCAGGAAGCGCGUUUACUAAAAGCUGAUGAAAUGUCCAAAAGUUCCGUAACAGUCAGUAUAAACAUGUCAAACGAUGUAUUGAAUCAAUCUUUAGAAUGUUUUUAACAUAAAUCUUGAAUAACGUUCAAACCGGAGAAUUACAUUGACUUCAGAUGAGCAAUGUAACAGAGCUCCCUCGCAUGGUUAGAGCAUGGUCAGGUCAUGGCAGACCUGACUAAUUCCCCUCUCAUUUGGCCCCCCUUCACAGUAGAGGUAUCAGACAAGGUUCUACAGACUGUUGACAUCUAGUGGAAGCCGUAGGAAGUGCAAACUCAUCCAUAUCUCGCUGUGAUUUAAUAGGAUCUUGGUUGAAAAUCGACCAGCCUCAGAAUUCCCACUUCCUGUUUGGAUUUUUUCUCAGGUUUUUGCCUGCCAUAUGAGUUCUGUUAUACUCACAGACAUCAUUCAAACAGUUUUAGAAACUUCAGAGUGUUUUCUAUCCAAUAUGAAUAGUAAUAUGCAUAUAUUAGCAACUGGGACUGAGGAGCGGGCAGUUUACUAUGGGCACCUCUGUGCACCUUUCAUCCAAGCUACUCAAUACUGCUCCUGCAGCCAUAUGAAGUUAAUGUCCCGUUGGUAGGACAGUCUCGAACGGAGAUCAUCCAGUUUAUUUGUCAGUGAUUGCACGUUGGCCAAUAGAACCGAUCUCCGUCCCCUGUAUUUCCAUCUUUCCUUCAUGCGAAUGACAGGGAUUUGGGCCUAGUCUCGAAGAAGCAGUAUAUCCUUUGCGUCAGACUCAUUAAAGAAAAUAUCUUUGUCCAGUUCGAGGGGAGUAAUCGCUUUUCUGAUUUCCAGAAGCUCUUUUCGGUCAUAAGAGACGGUAGCAGCAAUAUUAUGUACAAAACAAGGUACAAACAAUGUGGGGAAAAAACACACAAAAUAGCACAAUUGGUUAGGAGCCUAUAAAAUGGCAGCCACCCCCUCCGGUGCCAUUAUUAUACCUAGGGGGUGGGGGCCAGGUGUUGAUUUUGGAAGUGGACUGAGCACUCAGGGAUGUGAGGACAGAGAAAUGGAAGAAGGAUAUAAGAGGAAAAAGAGUUUAAGUGCCUUGGAACACAUUGACUAAAUUGUAAAUUACUGUAAUAUAUUUACAUUGACUAUUGGGACAACUUUAUAUUAAAGUUGUAAUUUUCCAAAGCAUGGUGAUUCCUUUGUGUAGAGAGAGCCAUGCCUAGAUCAGGGUUCUCCGACUCUGGUCCUGAAUAGCUACUGCUAACACCUGAUUCAGAUAAUCAAGGUCUUGAUGAACAGACAAUUAGUAGAAUCAGGGGUGUUAGAGCAGGGAUGGACCAAAAUCCUGCACAUGCAGUGGAGUUUGUCACGAGAAUUUCUAUCUCAAUGUUCUCACUGAACUAUUUUAUAUCUCUGUCUAAUUCCUGAAGGUUGUAAAGCUCCAGUUCAAAGAAAUAGACAGAGUCUCAGGCUGCAAUAGAUCAAUUCUUUAUUCAGAGAGCGCUCUGCCCUUCAAGUGCAGAGCGAAUCUUUUAUACAUACACACAAACAAGUUGUCAUCUUAAGCUACGCCUUGCUCAGACAGUCUGUACUUUUCCACUACACACAUACAUUGUUUAUCAUAUUCUGCAACAUGUUUCAUAAUUUUCUGCAAGCCUAAAAGUUUCUCCACUCCACGGGUGGGGACAGAAUGUCCUGUUAUUGGUUUCACAGUUGCACCCUGCUUACAUAGCUAAAAAAUAACACAAUGGCCUAGUCCUAAAAGGUAUAGUCACACACAUUAUUGGAUUAUUGUCUUAUGACUCUAACACAUUUAAUACAAUUAUAUGGUUUCAGGGUGGAAUACUUUAGUCAUUAUCUUAAACAUACAAAUUCUUCUAUCAGUUUGAGAAUCCUUUUCUAUAGAGUUGCUGAAGCUAGUUGAUUUCUCUAUCUCACUGUUUUGGCGGUUGGGUAUUUUGGUACAUUCAGAGAGAUUUUAGGGAGCGAGGAGCUCUGCCUCACACGUAAAGAUAGAUGGCAGACUAGAUGGAUAUAACCCGUUUUAGCAUGGACAUUGCCAUUGAGGCAGAAAAUAUAUGUGUAGCCUAGUGCAGACUUUCUACUCUGUAAAUUGAUGUGGUCUGGUAAAUGUUUUGUUUCACAUAGACAUGUCUUUAUACUUUUUAGCUCUUCGUUACUUCUGUUUUGUUAAAGAUUCUAAAUAAAACGUUGCAUCCA